AUGUCGACGACUCUCUCAACUCUCCACUUCACAAACCCCAUAAAGCCCUUCUCUCCAAGAAUUUCGCUGUUCACUCGCAAGAGUAAUUCUUUCCCAUUAAACUCCUCUUUACCAACCGUAAAUGCAGAGUCUUUCAGGAAAAUCAAAAUCCAAAGCACCCACAAUUUUUUUGGGCUUUUCAAGAAGAACUUUGGGAUCCCUUUUGAUAAAAGAAACAUAAAUGUUAGGUUCACUCUAAAAGCACAAAAUGAAGAUCAGAUUAGUACUGAUACGAUUGAUAAGAAAGCGGAGGAGGAGGCUCGUGGGCAGAGCACUAUGCCUGAAAGGUUCAGAUAUUUGACCAAAGAAGCUCCCGAUAAGCCUGUUAGGUGGCCUUUGCUCAUUGUUAUGGCUUUCAUGCUUUAUGCCUGGAGAACUGUCUUAUGGGAACUUUCUAACUGGAGAAAAGCUGUGUCAGCGAUUUUAGGAUUCUUGGGUUACUUAUCAAAACUCAUAUUGGCUCUUAUAUUCCAUUUUAUUGGGGAUCCAAUCACAUCCUUAAUUCGAGGAAUUGAAACUAUGUUCUAUGCUGUACGAGCUUUCUAUUCCAGCAUAAUUGCAUAUGCUCCCAUUCAAGAGCUGACAACAAUAAUUAUGCUGACUUCUGCUGUACUAGCUAUUGCUGAAGCCACCGUCCCUGGCUCUGUAAAUAGUCAGCCAUAUCUUCUCACAGUAGCUGGCUUAAUCGGCUAUGCUGCUGUAGUGAACUCUAUCUCUGAGUCAUUUUUCUUGAUGUUACUCCUAGGAUUGUUUGGUUUUGCAAGGUUUAUGAAGAAGAGAGAUUACGUAUCUUCUGCAUUGCCUGUUGCAGCUGUUUUAUCUGCUGUGGGAGAGCCUUGGGUUAGAGUAUUGGUGAUGGGUUCGUAUUUGGCAUUGGCCAUCUUUCACCACUCAAAGAACCCUUCGGCUCUGAAGGAAGAGGAAAACACAGGAACAGUUAAUAGGGUUCCACUUCCUCUGUUAUGUGUUGCAUUGGCCAUUGGUGUCCGUCUUGCUGCUAAAUGGGCUGGGUACCGGCAUUUGACUUGGAUGAUUGCUUAA